GGCAUUACCAGCCUUAGUGUGGCACCGGCAAGAUUGGUCAAUUCUUCAUUCAUACGUACAUCUGAAUGAUGAGGAAUUAGAAGCGUUAAAAAUGUGUCCAGGGUACAUUGCUGGAUGUAUAGAUUCAGACGUGAACAACAGGAUAGAUCUUUAUGAUGUGUAUGUCAACCUGGCUGAAAGUGAAAUCACCAUUUCACACCAAGCAAAAGAGGCGAUGACAAUGGGAAAAUUGCAUAAAGAACUUGGUCAGCUAAUUGUUCAGUCUGCAGAAGAUCCAGAGAAAUCAAACAGUCAAGUUAUAAAGGAUGUUUCACUGAAGACAAAGGAAAUCUUGACAAAUCUGGCUUCAUUCACAGAAGUCAUUCAUAAUGGUGAGAAACCAUCACUUAACUUAGAAGCACUGAAACAGAAGCGAUUCCCACCAGCAACGGAAAAUUUCCUUUAUCAUUUGGCAGCUGCUGAACAAAUGCUUAAAAUCUGAUGUUGUGAAUAAACCUCAGUGGAAUACUUAAAAAACAAAAUCUUCUUUACUAUAAUGCUUAUGUAAAGAAUUCUGUGGAAGGUUGGUUUUUUUAAAAAUAUACAUUUCUGGAGAGGAUAAACAAUGAUACACACAUCAGUGUUCCAUCAAACAUUGACUAUAGUAUACCAUUGUCAGUUCUUCCUACAAAAAGCUUGAAGACACGAUGGUUGAACUGUACAUUAAGGUGAAAUAGAAAUUGCCAAGCCCAAUCAGUACCCGAAUGGAAAUCAAUAAUCAAAUUAUUAAUGACAUGAACAUUCUUAGAAGUACACAAAUUAAAUAAGCUGCCUUCAAUUUGGCACAUCUAAGUACUGUGUCUUGGGAACACAGCCUUCAGGAUUCCUAGCAGACUGCCCCUAUUCCAGUUAGCACAACCAUAACUUGCAAAGAGGCUGAAAGUUAAAGCUUCAGUUGCAUCAACUAAUACUCUGAACGUAAGAGUCUAUGGAGAUUCUUAGUCAUCCAGAUCAUGGUUGUCCCCAAAGUGCUAUUUCAGAGGCAACUGAACUUUCU